AUGGGUGUGGGGCGAGUUGCUGUUCCCAUAGCGCCCAGUGAUUCGCGUCCAUUGCGGGCCGCUGCUGCUGCUGCGCCUGUCAUAGUGAUAAAGACGAGAGCCAGGAGCCAGCCACCACCUAACAAGGGCACGGGAAAUGCUGUUGCGUUCCACUCAAGCUUAGCCCCGCCCAACCAGAAGCCUGUCCCCAUCCUGCUGAGGCAAGCAGUACUGAGGCCUGGAGAACAAACAACAACAGACAACAGAAGGCUUAGCGGCAAUGAAUGGAAUUGCAGCCAUACCAAGGGCCUUCCCAUGAUGGUACAGACACCACAUCAACCGAGGCAAGCCGAUACAAACGGCGUUGCACUGCUGGGGAAUCCUCGAGAUGCACACAACCCAGAAGCAGCAGCUGGCACAGCUGUGGCCCCUUCCAUGGGGCUUCAGCACUUUAUCGGCCACGUCCGGCCCCGCAACGAAGAAAGGAGCAGCAUGAGACCUUCCAGCGUCGCCCGUGGCACAUCUCAAUGCGCUCUUGGCAAAAUGACUUCUGAACGAGCGCAGGAACCACCUUUAGAGAGAAGUGUCCACUACGCCCAGCGGCUCAACGCGGGUUUCGAAGGCACAGCAGCAGCAUCCAUUGCAGCAGCAGCAGCAUCCGCUGCAGCAGAAGCAGCAUCCACUGCAACACAGCAGCAGCAGCAUCCAUUGCAGCAGCAGCAGCAUCCGCUGCAGCAGAAGCAGCAUCCACUGCAACAGCAGCAGUAUCUAUUGCAGCAGCAGCAGCAGCAUCAUCCACUGAAGAGCCAGCAGCAGCACCCGCCGCAUCCACUGCAUUACCGGAUACAGCAACAACAGCAGCAGCAGCUGUAUCCGGUGCAGCACCAGCAACAGCAGCAACCUGAGUUGCCAGUGCCGACUCGAAGGAGCAACUUAAGAGAGGAGAAGGAGGGGAGGGGACGAUCACCUGGUUGGCAACCCCUGGUGAAGGUUCAGCGGUCACCCGCAGACCCGGCUGCUCCCACUAUGCUGCAGCAGGUGAUGCCUGCUGAAGCAAGUGAAGGGAGAGAACCCCCCGGCGAUUUCGCUGAUUUCAGCAGGCAGGGCUAUACGCUGGGGAGGGGAGUCGACCGUUUGCAGGUAGGAGGAGUAGCGGCAAAUGCCUCGCCUGUGCAGACGUGCCCCGUCCUUGACCCCUUUGCUGCUGCAGGCCAGCAGCAAAACCGCAUUUCCCCUGUUCUGUGGGGCCGGUCGAAUGCCAUAGGCGCCAACGGCACACCCAUGGUCAGCCCCCGCAGCAGAGAGCGAACGAGCAGCUUAGGAACAAGAAGAACAGCAGCUGGAAUUGGGGUGUACAGACAAUCCCCGUUGCUUAGGGGGCCAGAGAGGCACUUCCAGAGGCCCCCCAGCAUGACCGCCGUAACGCUGAAAGAGGAGGGCAGGAGAGGAGAACACCUCGCGGGGCAUGAACGGCUGGAUAGAGGAGGAUGCAUGCACUCGGGUUCCAAGGAGUUCUUUGAAAGCCCCUCACUCCCGUCGAGACACCCAACAACACAGGGAAAGCAGGCGGACACCACUGCAGAGCAGCGCCACCAGAAGCUCCACGAGUUCGCCAUGUGGAGAAGAGGGCGGCGUAUAAGCACUGCAAGCACAGAACCUUCUGAUGCCCAGAACCACCCAACUAUGCUUCUAGAGGGGUUGGCUGCAUGCAUGCAAGCAGGACAACUUAAGGUUCAUAAUGAGAGGAGUAAAUCCCAUUCUGUUUGGAGACCUGUAAGUACGGACAGCGCAACGAGCAAGCGAGAAGAGGGCCUGGGGAAAGGGGGGCCUGCAGAGUUGCUGCCAGAAGAGGGCCAACAACUCCACCCCGUGCAGCUUCCCAGUGCCAGUAGCAGCCGUCUCAGCAGCAACAACAGCGUGAGACCCAUCGAGCCCUGCUGCCCGCUCCAGAGUGCCCCAAGAGCUGCACUGGAGGCAGCAGGCAGAAGACAGCACCCGCCCUGUCGCGGCCCCCAGCAGCAGCUGAAAGCAGCGAUCAGCAGCAGCAACAGCAACAACUCCUGGGAAAGCUGGGAGCCCUUGCUGCAACCAGAGGCUACCAGGUCAUCUCUGCGUAACUCAGCACAGGAAGCCACCCGGCUGGGGGCUGAGGCAGCGUCAACGGCAGAGGCUUCCUUUUUCAGCCGUACGAAGCUGCCCCAGCAGUGA